AUGGCCAUGCCGGCCGCUGGGCAGCAGAACAAGGAUUUCCCGGGGGCUGCUGGGGAUGCUGGCCUCCGCUGCCCGGGAAAUGGGACUGCAGCAGAAGAGCAGCGCCAGUGCCCAGGACGGCCUAGCGUCGCAGCACCGAACAAAUAUAGCUGCAAAUGGCUGCACCGUGCAGGCCCCUUGAUCUCGUUUACGCCUUUGGGGAAAGCCCCUGCCGGCCAGGGCUCUUGGAUGUUGUUUUCAUGCGCUGCAAAAAUAGAACUGGACAGAAUAGAACAAAGCAGCAAAACCAGUAAAACCAGCAGAAGAUCGGCCGCCGCUGGGCGCCUUUCCUCGGAAGACGAGACGAUCGCCGCACGCUUGCGCGAGAACUUGCGAGCAAAGGGGCGCGAACGAGCGGUGGAAGGGCAUCUGUCUGGUACUCGGCAGCAGCUGUGCGCCGCACCCAGCGACCCAGCACUCUCGCGGCACUCAAAAGGCGCUCGCAAGCCCUUACGCCAACUGGAAGCAGGUUCUGCAGAGCUUAGAGCUUAUCCGCCAAGCGAGUACGGAUGCGAGAUGUCUGUGCGGUCCCCCGGCUUGCUCGCCCGCGUGGGAUUGGGCAGCACUUGA